AAUCACUCACUCAACUUCCAAUAGCAAUACUCUCCGCUUACGUGAAGAAAGGCGGCCUCAAUUGUGAUUUCAUAACUCCUACAUAACUCCUUUGGUUUACAUUCACUAUUCUAUGCUCGGUCCCGGCUAUUAUCUCCAGUCUCGUUGAUCUUGCUCUAUCUAACCUUACCUGGGUAUGGUAUGGUUAGAAAUUUCGGUUGCAAGUUCUCACCAAUCAUAUCUCUAGUAACAUUCUUCUUUUCCAUUAGCAAUGGCAGCCUCCUCACCGAUACAAUGAUCGAUUUUGUUUGCAUGGGUUUCACUCAACAUCAUCACCUCUCUGUCACAAACAACUUGGUCGAAUAUUCAAUAUGAAGAGAACCUCACCCUCGACAGGUGCAUCAUUUCCGAUUUAUCUUUGUCAAAUAUGUUUAUCUACAUACUCCACCAUUGGACAUCUACGCCGUCAUGAAGCUGUGCGUAAGUUUAUACUCCACCCCACUGUUAUCCGCAACUCGGAAGACUGGAAAUCAUUAACGUUAAAACUCAAAUAGAUGCUGGGCAACGCCUUUAUGGGUGCCACUUUUGUGAUCAACACUUUUUCAGAUCGUAAGGUACAUGGUUGACAGAUUCUUGCUAAUAUUACUGACAGUCUGGUAGAGAUGCUGCUAGAAGACAUUCAAGAUCAUGCGCAAAUAGGGGUGAUCAGCCAAUGCCCCCGCUCCGGCCAAGAGGAAAGCAGAAGCAAUCAUGUGACUCUUGCGCAAAGUCAAAACGAGCUUGCAGUAGAGGUCAUCCAUGUGAGGCUUGCCAACUAAGUAAAGUGCCUUGCACAUAUUAUCGCUCGACAGGAAACCAUGAAGGUCCACAGCCAUUUCAGACUACUCAAGAGACUGGAGCUUCACUGCAACAACUACACGGUUCCGUGCCGGCGCAGUCCAGUGAAGCUGGCAACAAAUCACCGGCUCCUAGCAUAACACCUCAAGAACACCGGGUAAAGUUCGACUUUCUUCUUAAAUAUACAACGCCAGGAAAAGAUAGCCUUUUGGAUUUCUUCGGCUCUUUAACGAACACCAUUAUACCUAAUCCAACCAUUUCCACGCUUUCUGCGCCGUCAUCUACAUUGUUCAUGCCGAGCUCCUCACUGCUGGGAUUUCCGAACGAGUUAGAAGAUCUCAUGCAGGGCAAUAGUUUGCCCAUGUUGGAUGACUUCAUCUGGAAUAGUGAAACCAGCACUCCAUCAAUCGACCCAUCUCUACUAUACUCCUCUCGGUUGGAAAGCCGGCUCCAGGAACUCAUAUCCCGACUUGCUAUUGCUCAGGAUAAAAUAUUCAAGAGAUGUGGUGGGGAUGCACCACCCUUUUCCGAAGAGGUUAAAAGUGUUUUAUUAACCGUUCCGAAUCUAGUAGAUUUUACUCGAUUGUAUUUCGAGCAUUGGCAUCCUAAUAGUCCUGUCAUACAUCAACCUACCUAUAACCUUGAGACAGUAUCACUUCCAUUGUUAUUCGCCGUAUUUCUCAUUGGCGCAGCCUAUUCGUCGCCUCGAGAUACAGCUAGUUUAGCAACACAAUGCGGCACUUUAUGCGAGGAAUUUGUGUUUGAGGAUGAUGAAGUGAAGUCGAUACUUCGUACUGAGCAGGGUUUCGAAGGGCCCACUAGUCUUCAAGCUGUUCAAGCGGCACUUCUUGUAGCCGUACUGCAGACUUGGCAGAAUGGACCAGAAGCACGGACGAGAAUGCGUAAGAAGCGUUAUUCUGAUAUCGUAACCAUGACAAGGACACUUGGUUACACCUCUUCAAAAAAUAUGUAUGCUACGGGUAUUUGCCCUUUUAACUGGUUAGGUUAUGUUGAAGCAGAAGCAAAAAUCAGGUCAGCUUGUUUGCCCUCCCAUCCUUGAUACGAAAUACUGAACAUAAUUCAGGGUCAUGGCUACGAUAUACCUCAUAGAUGCCUAUUUUACUGUGUUUCACUCCUAUCCACCACGUAUGAUGGUUAGCGAAAUGGUCGGUGAUAUGCCAUCUUCAGAUGAAGCGUAUGCCGCUACCGAUGCUCUUGUUUGCGAAGGGUAUCUGAUAGGAACAAAUGAAAAGCCACGAGCCUCACUAGCAACCUCAGUGGCGUGGUUAAUGGGGGAUGAAUGGAACGCAGUACAUCACUAUCAACUUACAACAUAUAAUUUGUUCACACUGCUCAAUGGUGAGUAAACUCUCUCGUUACUCACGCGGAAGGAAAAUUCUCUAACUUUAUAUAAGCAUUGAACAACACUAGUUUCCUGCUCAAAUCGAGCGCUAUGGGGAUGUAUAACUCUGAUCGUAUUGUCCAAGCUCUUGAUAGAUGGAAGAUUCUUUGGGAUGACCAUAUUGAACAUGUUGGACCUGAAUUUUCAAGAAUUGGAUACUACAAGAAUUCUUUGGAAUUUUGGCAGCUUGCCAAAUUAGUUCUUAAGGUCGAAGGGAGCAGUGAGCACAUGGAACUCAAUAAAUCGCUCCAGCCGGAUGAAGGUUCUUUGUUAGCAAUUUACGCUCUAGUAGAGAAGUUCCAAGGGGCUAGCAUCUCCUGAUUAGUGGUGCUAUCCCUUGGGCCUGGUCACAACCAAUCCUAGGAUCCGAGCAAUAGGAGUGAUUUAUCAUUAUAGUAGAAACUUUAGCAAGCUACGUCGAUAGACGGUAGAAAGUUGUCCUAUAGGAUUAUCUAGAUGAGGGAUUAAAAAGCGGCGGAACCACGAAGCUUAAACUAUAGGUUCUAAUGCCCCUUUUCCACUGACCUCAAGUUCAUCUAUCUCUCGAACAAGACUUCUUGUCCCUCUAGUC